AUGCUCUGGAUCGCCGUGGGGAAGUCGAAGAUGGCCAGCAGCUGGGGCAAGCCGUCCUUCUGCAGGGGGUCCUUCCCUGCCGUCGAAGACGCGGACCUGUGGUGGACGGAAUUCAACGCGCACCAGCGGAGCCUGGUCAUCCUGCGCAGGAACGCGACGGACUCUGGGCGAUGGGCCCACAACUGCACGCUGAGCAUGGAUAAAGCGGGGGCUGAGUACAUCAAGCAGGUCGUGGGCGACAUCCUCGCGGCCGGCAGGCCCAGCGCCGUGGCCGCCGCGCCCGCGCAGGAGCCCGACGGCGCCGCCGGGGCCGCGGCCGCGCCCGAGGACUCGGGCGACGCGCGGCUGCGCGGCGCGCUGGGGGCGGCCGCAGCGGCCUCGGGGCAGCCGGAAGGCAGCCUGCCGCCGCUGCCGGGCCUGCCCCGCAGCGAGCAGCUCCCCGACGACGCCAUGUUCUGGGUCCUAGGCUUUGGGCUCGUCUUCUUCGUGGUGAUCCUCGUGCUGUUACGGCGUUCCUCCAAGGCCCUGCGCCGCGACUGA